AUGCUGAAACUUCAAAGUCUAUUAGACCUUGAAUAUUUGAUUGAAUUUUACCAAUCCUUAGAGAACGGCCGCAUCAUCAGUACUUUAGAUCGGAAUCCCAUUAAGAAUUAUCUCGCUUCACUUCCUUUCUUAAAAAAUUUACUACACCAACCUAAUGAAGAAGAAGUCAUUGCAAUUGAUAAGAUUAAUCAAAUCUUGGAUCCUGAUAAGAUCAUCAAUGAUCGUAAAAAGGUUGUGCUUAUGUGGAAUCGAUUCAUGAGAUUUGAUGUAUUUGAACCUGUUGAAUAUAAUGCCAUCGAAUUAAAACUUUCUAUCAAAACCUUUUCAGAUUAUUGUGAUAAAUUUAAUUUUGGAGAUACAGGAAACAUUAAUAUGGCUGCUAAUAAUACUAGUAAAGCUUUCAAACAAAUGAUUUUUCUUUGUUUAAUGCCUCAGAAAUUAUUACAACCAUCAGAUCCAAUCAAAUAUCCAUUUGUAGAUUCCGAAGACCCAAAUGGUGAAUUGGAUAAUAGUAGUUACAAUAGUAUUGAGGGUUUAUCAGGCAUCAAAUUACCAAAUAAAACAAUCCACAGACCACUUAGAUAUGAUGAAAGAGAUUAUGACCCUGAAGAUGAGGAGGAACCUCGAAAAUUAAAUAAAUUAAGUAAUUUUAUAGGAUUUUUCCAACCACCUCCUGAUUUAAAUAUCAAUGAUAUGAUUCAUUCAACUUCUGAAUUGAAUAUGAUUGAAUUCAAAUUCGAUAAGAAUCAAUAUGAUCAUAUAGUCAACGGAUUUUAUCAAUUAGAAACACAAGAACCUAAAAAUGACCACUGGGCCCAUAAUAGUAUAUUUUAUUACAAUAUCUUAAAUUCUAUUGAGGGUAGUAUGAACACUUUUGGAUAUAAAACCAUUGAAGAAUAUCCAGAAAACUUUACAUUAGGCAAGAAACAAUUUCGUAUUUACUCAGACAGUCAUAUUAGAAUUAAUCCAACUAGAUCUAUUCCUAUUCAAAUUAGUCCAAUCUUACAGCUAAUGUAUGAGAAUUUUAAAAAUGGUAAUUCUUGGGAAUCAAGGUUGCCUUUCAUAAACCUUUAUUCUCAAUUAUUUAGAGGAUGUAUAUCCCAUGAUAACUACUCAGGAUUCCUUUCAGAUGGAAUGAUGAUUCUUUAUAUUAAAUAUGUUGUUAAUGAAGAUGAAGAAGUGAAGUGGGAUAAUGUUGGAAGAUAUUUAUAUUGGAAUUUACCUUGUCAGAUUUAUGAAGUCAAUCUGAUCAUGGAAUUCAUCGAUUGCAUUCAAGAUUCAGCCCAUACUAUGAAUACUAAACCUAUUAGGGAAGUGGUUACCAAAUUUUAUAGUGAAGUCAGAUAUCCACUUCAUCGGAUUUGUGAAAAAUAUUAUAGUGAUUUACAGAUCACAUUGGAGAAUCUUGAACAUAGCCUACAAGAUGGUACAUCUUUUGAGAUGGGGUCUAAUUCAGGAAUAAGUUCAAAAUAUUUUGAUAUACUUAAUCAAAUUCAUUGUUUCUAUGGACCUAGAUGGAAGCCAAUGGCAUUGGAACAUCUUUUGAAAAUAGUUCAAAUAGAAUGUGUUUUAGGAGGAUGUAAGAAAUUUCAGUAUAAUGCAGUUGUAUUAAAAGUUAAAUCUUUUGGAAAAACAUAUGCGAUAAAGAUAUUUGAUCCAAUAUAUUCAAAAUCAAUCAAGCGUCAACAUUUUCAUUUCACUGAAACUAUGAGGGAUUGUACAACAUCAUUCAUUAAGGAAUGUUGUGCAUAUGCCAUAUUAGAAAAUCUGGAUUUCACACCCAAAAUACUUCAAGUUGGAACUUUGACAAGUGAUAAAAAUUCAAUGUCCAGAAAGAUACUGCCUGAAGAUCCUAGAAUAAAUCUAAAGGGAUUUUAUAUAAUUAUGGAAUAUAUAGAUGCAAGACAGCUCUCUGGAAUUUGGCGUCCGGAAGAUGCACUAGCUCAAGUGGGGAAAGUAUUGAAAAGGGUUCAUGAUUAUGGAAUUAGUCAUGGUGAUAUAACUGGUAAAAAUAUCUUAGUUAACUAUAGGUGUCAAUAUAAGAGGGUUUAUUUCAUUGAUUUUGGAUGUUGCAAAUUUUCAAAUAUUCAAACUUUAUUCCCAAAUAUUUGUACCAAGGAUGAUCGAUUCAAGGAUGCAAUAGAAAUGGAUGAUGCCAAACUUAAACUCCACUGGGAUGAAAUUAUGUACUUGUGGAAAGUUUUGAAAACUAUCCAUCAAAGUGGAAUCAGUCAUGGUGAUAUAUUUGGAUCAAAUAUCUUGAUUAAUAAUAAAGAUGAUUCUAAGAGAAUGAAUCAAUUACAAAGUCUAUUGGAGCUUGAUUAUGUGGUUGAAUUCCAUCAAUCCUUAGAGAAUGGGAGAAUUAUCAGUACUUUAGAUCAGAAUCCCAUUAAGAAUUAUCACUCUUCCAUUCCAUUCUUAUUGAAUUUACUACACCAACCUAAUGAAGAUGAUAUCAUUGUAAUCGAUAAGAUUAAUCAAAUCUUGGAUCCUGAUCAUAGUAUCAAUGAUCGUAAAAAGGUUCUUAUGUGGAAUCGAUUAAUGAGAUUUGAUGUAUUUGAACCACUUGAAUAUAACGUUCUUGAAUUACAGGAUACUGUCAGUCAAUCUGAAUAUGAACCACGUGAAUUAGAUAGUAGUUUUGAUAGUAUUGAAGGCACUUCAGGAUUUAAAUUACAAAACAAAAUGGUCAAUAGACCUUUCAUAUCUGAUGAGAAUGUUGGUAAGGUAAAUAGGAUGUAUUCAAAAUUAAAUUAUUUAAGUGAUCAUUUAGGAUUUUUCCAACCUCCCCCUGAAUUGAACAUUAAUGAUAUGAUUCAUCCUGUCUCUAAAUUGAAUAUGAUCGAAUUGAAAUUCCACAAGAAUAACAGUGAUCAUGAAUUUGACUCAUGUUUUAACCUAACAACUAAGGUCGAUAAAAAUACCUAUUCAAUAUAUUUGAAAAUAUUUAAAAAGAAUAUUUUAGACAUCAUUAAUAGUUUCUUAAAAGAGCCUGAAUAUCAAAAAAUUUAUGAUAAUUUUAAAAAUGGUAGUUCGUGGGAAUCAAGAUUGCUAUUCGUAAAUCUUUAUUCUCAAUUAUUUAGACAAUGUGUUGCUUUAAAUAGUUAUUCUGGCUUUUUGUCUGAUGGCAUGAUGAUUCUUUAUAUUAAAUAUGAUAUUACCGAGGAUACUGAAGUUAAAUGGGACCACUAUGGUAAAUACUUAUAUUGGAAUCUUCCAUGUCAGAUUUAUGAGGUCAAACUGAUAUUGGAAUUCAUAAAUUGCAUUCAAGAUUCAGCUCAUACCAUAAAUCAUAAACCUAUUAAAGAUGCGGUUACCAAAUUUUAUAAUGAAGAUGAAGCACCGAUUAAUAAUAUUUGCGAAAAGUAUUAUAAGGAAUUAAAAAUCAAUUUGGAGAGUCUUGAACAUAGUCUAGAGUAUGGAACAUUUUCAGUUAGGGAAGAAUCUAGGUCAGGAAUAAGUGCUAAGUAUUUUGAUAUGCUUAAACAAAUCCGUUGUUUCUAUGGAACAAGAUGGGUCCCAUUGACAUCAUAUAAUCUCCUGGAGGAAUAUAAAGCAGAGAAGAUUUUAGGUGGCGUCAAUAUAUUUCGAUGUAACGGGGUCUUAUUAAAAGUUAGAGUUAAUGAACAAACAUAUAUGAUAAAGAUUUUUGAUCCGAUAUAUUCAAGAUCAAUGAAGCGUCUGAAAUUUCAUUAUGUUGAAACCGUAAGGGAUUGUAUAGCAUCAUUCAUUAAGGAAUGUUGCGCAUUUGCGGUUUUACAGGGACAAGAUUUCGUGCCCAGAAUAUAUCAGGUUGGAACUUUAACAAAUGAUAAUACUAAGAUAGAAAAGAUUUACACAAGAAAUCUUGAAAAAAUAAAUGCAAGGGGGUUCUAUAUAAUGAUGGAGUAUGUAGAUGGAAAACAGCUCUCAAGAUUUUGGAUCCUUGAUCAAGUACAGUUGGAUGAUCCAGUUGAGAAAGUGUUGAAAAGAAUUCAUGCUUGUGGAGUUAGUCUUGGUGACAUAUCUGGCGAAGAUAUCUUAAUUAAAGCUGGUGGUGAAUAUAAAACUAAUCCAAAGGUUUAUUUCAUUGCUUUAGGAUUUUGCAAAUUUUCAAAGCUACAAACUCUAUUCCCGAGUAUUUCUUCGGAGGAUAAAGAUUUCGAUGAUUCUAAGACAAAUGAUAAAGUAAAAGUCGGCAAAUUACUAGAUGAAGUUUACAGAGAUAUUGAUUCUUCGGACGACUAA